ACCUUCGCGAAUUACCGGCAAGUGGAGUAUGUUGAUGUUGAACGCCGGUAACGGGGCGUCCCGCGAAGGGCUUGCCAUCGCACAGGAGUAGGCUAUACCUUAUAAAAAGAACCGGGGAUGACCGACUACUGAAUACGGGUAAAAAUGCUUUUCUUGAGUUUGCUCCUCUUGUUCCUGUGCGCCAGUGAUGCAGUGACUGACCUUUCCGUAACGGAAGCAUCGUUGGUGGUCAGCGCUUCACCUCCGGUUCCAUCUUCAGGAGAGUACGGGCAGCCCUGGAUCGCGCUCGCCCGGUCUGCGGAGGAACCGACGGCCACGACCACAGAGGACGGAGAGUCUUCCCAUCACCACGGAGGUUACAACAUACUGCAGUGGGAAUGGAGCUAUGUGCAGACACCAUACAUCAUAGCCAGCUGGCUUUUUGUUGCCAGUGUGGCGAAAAUACUGUUCCACCUCUCCCAGCGCUUCACCACAGCUGUCCCAGAGAGCUGUAUGCUGAUUCUGCUGGGUUUGGUACUGGGUGCAGUGGUCCUCAUUGCCAGCAAGAAGCAGCCGUAUCAACUGGAACCGGGCCUUUUUUUCCUCUUUCUCCUGCCGACUAUAGUGGGGGAUGCUGGGUAUUUCAUGCCAGCUCGGCUCCUCUUCGACAACCUGGGCGCCAUUUUGAUGUACGCUGUAGUGGGCACAUUGUGGAAUGCCUUCUGCACUGGAUUCUGUCUCUAUGGAAUUAAGUUGGCUGGGGUCAUAGAUGAAAAAGUUGAGGGAGGGUUGAUGGAGUUUCUGUUGUUUGGAGCUCUUAUUUCAGCUGUGGAUCCUGUGGCUGUGUUGGCUGUGUUUGAAGAAGUCCAUGUGAAUGAGACGCUCUUUAUCAUUGUGUUCGGCGAGUCACUGCUCAACGAUGCUGUCACAGUGGUCUUGUAUAAAGUGUACAUAUCCUUUGUGGAAGUGGGACCAGGGAAUGUUCAAACUGUAGAUUAUUUUAAAGGAAUCGCUUCAUUCUUCAUUGUCAGUAUUGGAGGAACUUUGGUGGGUCUCAUCUUUGCCGUCAUUUUGGCCUUUAUCACUCGUUUUACGAAGAAGGUUCGCAUCAUAGAGCCUCUCCUUAUCUUCCUGUUGGUUUACCUGGCCUAUCUGACUGCAGAGCUGUUUUCUCUUUCUGCCAUUCUUUCAAUGACAUUCUGUGGCAUUGGUUGCAACAAAUAUGUGGAAGCCAAUAUAUCCCAGAAGUCCCGGACCACUGUGAAGUACACCAUGAAAACCCUAACCAGCAUUGCUGAGACAAUCAUCUUCAUCUUUUUGGGCAUCUCAGCUGUGGACACAUCCAAAUGGGCCUGGGACACUGGACUUGUUGUCAGCACACUUAUAUUUAUCUUAGUCUUUCGGGCCAUGGGUGUUGUAGGGCAGACUUGGUUCCUGAACUGGUUCAGACUCGCUCCGCUGGACAAGAUUGAUCAAGUGGUGAUGUCAUAUGGUGGCCUGCGAGGUGCUGUGGCUUUUGCUCUGGUGGUACUUUUAGACAAAAAACACGUGAAGGCAAAAGAUUAUUUUGUGGCAACAACCAUAGUUGUGGUUUUCUUCACUGUCAUGUUUCAGGGUUUAACCAUCAAGCCUUUAGUGAAAUGGUUGAAAGUGCCACGCAGCACAAACAGAAAACCCACCAUUAACGAAGAGAUCCACGAGCGUGCCUUUGACCACAUUCUGACAGCUGUUGAGGACAUUGCUGGUCUGAAUGGCUACCAUCACUGGAGGGACAAGUGGGAGCAGUUUGACAAGAACUACUUGAGUAAGUUCCUGUUGAGAAAGUCUGUGUACCACAAGAGUGAGCUGUGGGAAGCCUAUCAGAAAAUCAACAUCAGAGAUGCCAUCAGUGUCAUUGAUCAGGGUGGGAACGUGUUGACCUCUGCGAGACUCUCUCUACCGUCCAUGGCUAGCAGAACCUCUUUCCCAGAGGCCACAAACGUUACCAACUACCUGAGAGAGAACGGCAGCGGGGUGUGUCUAGACCUUCAGGUGAUUGACACAGUGCCAGGAGCCAAGAUAGAGGAGGAAUCAGAAACACAUCAUGUACUUGCAGUAAACCUCUACCAACCCAGGAGACGGUACCAAUCCCACUACAGUCGCCACUUCAUGACAGUCGGUGACAAAGAGAGACAGGACAGGGAGGUGUUUCAGAGGAAUAUGCGUAAACGCCUCGAGUCCUUCAAAUCCACUCACUACAAGCGCCACAAAAAGGACCGCAGUCAAAAAAAGCAGAAAGGGUCAGAUACUAAAGAUCAAGACAUCAACGAUAAACCCCGGCGUAAUGUCAGCUGGCAGGACAAAGAUCCAGUAGUGGUACCACUAUGGCUUGAUGAAGACAAACAUUCUGAACCAGAUAAAGAUGAGGAUGUGGGCAUCACUUUUGUGGCUCGCAAGACCCCAGAAACACCAAAGGAGAGACCAAAAUCAGUGCCAGCUGCAGUGGAUGUGUGUCAGAGCCCAGUUGCAGCCCCUCCUUCACUCACAUGUGGAGAGAAAAACCUGCCGUGGAAAAGCGGCACGGGUUCCCUCCCUCCCUGUGUAUCUGUGGAGGCCACUAAGAUUAUUCCUAUAGACCUGCAGCAGGCCUGGAAUCAGAGCAUCUCCUCUCUGGAGAGUCUGGCUUCUCCUCCUGCUGCUCCGGAGCCUCUGCACCCACGUGUGAGUGCUCUCUCAUGGCUGGGUGGACCCCUGCGGACCCCUGCAAAGGGGAAAAAUGGUGCUGGUGGUGCAGGAUCAGGAAGAAGUACAACAGCUCAAAGUUUAGGGCAGUUCCAGUUUCCUACAAGAAAGGAGGAAGAGGAAGAAGGUGGCCUCUCUCAACAUCAGCAGGAAAUACAGUCACUAAUGUCGUCUUUAAGACCCCCACCGGCUGCUGCUCAACCUGCUGGAAAGAGAAGAAACCCUUGUGUUUAUCUUAGGAGUCUGGUGACAGUGCCACCUUCUGGUGGGCAGCCACACAGCAGGAAACCCACCCAACUGUAGAAACUAUAUCUUUCCUAUUGUUUCUUAUCAAUCAUCUUACUGCAGGCACCAUUUUAUAGCCUUUUCAGGCCAGACUUUAUUUUUUCCACUAAAUUGUCACUUUUUAAAAGACUUUAUAAUUUGGUUUCAUUUUUAGCACAAAUAGUUUGUAAUGUUUGCUGAGAGUCAAAUGCUUGUGUGUUUGGCAAUUUCUCUCACACAGAAAAACCAUUCCACUUCCUGUUUGUUUAUUUGUUCAUUAGUAAGUCCUCUGCCCUCUAUUAUAUACCUGUAUAUUUCUGAGUGUCACAAUCUUAAGCUAUUGAACAUAAGGCUCAACCACAUUCCAAAGACUUUUUGGGUGUGCCCAUAAAACAGUGUUUUCGGUAAACUGUCCUCUCUUAAGCCCCGUUCAGACCGCCAGUGACUUGCAGCGGCAGAGUGACAUGAUCUUAUUCAUCUGAAUGGAAGCUUGGCAACUUCCGGUGAAACGAGCGAAAGUGACUAUUGGUGACAGUAUGUGGCCGUGUCCAGCGACGCGACAUGGUUGAGAAAAGUUUUACUCUAUGCAAAUCAUGAGCGACUACCAAUGAGAGUGAAGCACCCACGUCCUUCAUCUCUCGUGAGAUGCAGUAGCCAGUACUAGUUUGUUUAUGACAACCAGAAUUAGGAACGCCUCCUAAUGACUCCUUGAAAGCAUUCCUAAUUCUGGACAACACACAGUGAGAAAGUUGCUGGUGGUCUGAGCGGGGCUUUAUUCAGCCCAAACAUUAAAGUGCACAGAGCAAAUUGGCAUUUCCCAAUGGCUUACAUUUGGGGUGGGACUAUUUGUUUGUCUUACCAAUGGCAGAUAGAGUGGGUGUUUAAAACAUGUUUGGAAACCAAGACCAAUUUUACAGUUUAAUCCCACUAGUAAAAUUACAAACAGAAAUUUGCUUUUACAAAAUUACACCAAUUUGCUUUUAUCUCACAGCUUUAAAACAUCACUCAAAGGAGAAGUAGUGAUUUCAAUAAGGGGUCCUACCUUGGCCAGGACCCCCUUCCUGUCUUGGCCAGGACCCUCAUGCAAACGAGAUUUAAAUUUUUAUGUAACCAUUUUUUUGUCUGGUUAUAUAAA